UUAGUUAUCAAAUUACAAAAUGUUAGAGGUUAUUUUGUAAAAAAGUCCCCCCUUCCUCUUCCCCCGCUUCAGGCUCUCUCUCUCUCCGCCGAUUACACCAUCGCCGCCGCUUCUCCCCGAUAACUAGGGUUCUACACUUCCGAAACCCUAGAAUCUCUCUUACUGAGCCCUAGAGAUGUCUCGUCUCUGCGUAAAGAAUUUGCCCAAGUACGUCAAUGAGGAUCGCCUCAGAGAGUUCUUCUCCCAGAAGGGCGAAGUCACCGACGCUAAGAUCAUGCGCACUAAAGAUGGGAAGAGUAGGCAAUUUGCGUUCAUUGGGUUUCGUUCUGAGAAGGAAGCAGAGGCGGCCCUCAAUUAUUUCAACAACACUUUCAUGGACACUCGGAAGCUCAUAUGUGAGGUUGCUCGUAAAGUUGGUGAUCUGAACUUGCCUCGUCCUUGGAGCCGUUAUUCUCUAAAGAGAAGCACUCAUUUGAGUCAAAGCAAAGACAAUGCUGGUGUCAGUGACCAAGUUUCACUGACAAAAAUUUCUGAAGGUGAAAAAUUGAAUGCUAAUCUAUGUAAAAGCACUGAAGUUAAUGAUCCAAAGCUCCAAGAAUUUCUCCAAGUCAUGCAGCCACGGAGUAAGUCGAAGUUGUGGGCCAAUGAUGCAAUUGGUGCUGGUGACUUUGUUGACAAAGAUAGCAAAAUCAAUGAGAAAGAUUGUCAGCAGCCACAGGUGGGACAAAAGCAAGCAGCUCGACCAAAGACUAGAACAACUGAUGGUAGCAGUGGCGAACCUGAGGCGACUAAAAGCACUUCUUCUGAAGAAAAUGAGGUGGAGGAAUCACUGGAAACAAGGGAACAUGAUCAUAUGACUGACAUGGAGUAUUUUAAGAGUAGAAUUAAGAAAAAUUGGUCAGACGCAGAAUCUUCAGACUCUGAUGACGAAGAUUCCAAAAGUCAAACAGAUAUGGAUAUAAAUAAUGAAAACUCGCCGAGUAAAAUGCAAGAGAGAGAUGCAAAUGGGCUCUCAGUUGGAGAAGAUGACAUCAAUGGAGAGGAAAAGGAGUCUCCUUUAGUAAAUUCUGAUGGUGAAGAUGUUAAUAAUGAGAAUCCAACAUCGUCAGUAAGUGAUGAGAAGAAACAGGCAUUGGAAACUGGCCGGCUAUUUAUCCGCAAUCUUCCUUACACGACUACUGAAGAGGAUUUGAUGGAGCUUUUUAGCCAGUUUGGUGAUGUCUCACACGUGCAUCUUGUUGUUGAUAAAGAUACUAAACGGUCCAAAGGAAUAGGUUAUGUGCUUUUUUCACUUCCAGAAUCUGCUAUAAGGGCACUUGAAGAGUUAGACAACUCAAGUUUCCAAGGCAGGUUAUUACACGUCAUGCCUGCCAAGCCACAAAAUGAUGAGAAACUUGAGUCUAAUCAUGUGGUGGAGAAUAAGACCUUCAAGCAGUUAAGAGCAGAUCAGAGGAAGGCAUCUGAAGCUAGUGGUGAUACACGGGCGUGGAAUAGCUUAUUCAUGCGUCCUGAUACUGUUGUUGAAAACAUAGCCAGGAAAACUGGCGUCAGCAAAAGCGAAUUACUUGAUCGUGAUGCGGAUGAUCUUGCUGUGCGUAUAGCACUGGGAGAAACACAUGUGGUAGCAGAGACCAAGAAAGCUCUAUCUAAUGCUGGAAUCAACAUUGCUGCUUUGGAGGAAUACGCUGUGAAAAAAAAUGAAAACAUGAAAAGAAGCAACCAUGUGAUAUUGGUUAAGAACUUACCUUACAGUUCUUCCGAAGGAGAUCUUGCUAGCAUGUUUGGGAAAUUUGGGAGCCUAGACAAAGUUGUUCUUCCACCAACCAGAACAUUGGCUUUGGUAAUCUUUCUUGAAGCAGCAGAAGCUCGUUCAGCUUUCAAGUGUUUAGCAUACAAACGAUACAAAGAUGCUCCAUUAUAUCUGGAAUGGGCUCCUGAAAAUAUUUUUUGUCCUACCCCACCAUCAGCAUGUGAGGAACAAAAGAAUGUAGUUGGUGAGAAGAAUGUUAAAAAAGUUUUAGUGGAGGAAAGCAUGGAGGGAGUACCAGAAGAAGAUAUUGAUCCUGAUAGGGUGGAGUCACGGUCAAUUUUUGUGAAGAACUUGAAUUUUAAGACCUUGGACGAAUCUCUGAAGCUGCACUUUAGUAAUAAUAUGAAGAAUGGAACAAUAAAAAGUGUAAAGGUGAAAAAGCACCUUAAGAAUGGCAAGUUUGUAUCCAUGGGUUUUGGCUUUAUUGAAUUUGAUUCUGUGGAAACAGCAACCAGCGUCUGCAAAGAUUUGCAGGGGACUGUUCUGGAUGGUCAUGCUCUUUCCUUGCAACUUUGUCAUGGAAAAAGAGAUGGUCAGGUUUCAAAGAAGGGUGAAAAAGAUAGGAGUUCAACUAAGCUGAUCGUGAGAAAUGUGGCAUUUGAGGCAACAGAAAAAGAUUUAAGGCAGUUAUUUAGUCCAUUUGGUCAGAUCAAGAGCUUAAGAUUGCCCAUGAAGUUUCGGAGUCACAGGGGUUUUGCGUUUGUGGAGUAUGUCACGAAGCAUGAGGCGCAAAAUGCUCUACAAGCACUCGCAAACACGCAUUUAUAUGGCCGCCAUUUGGUGAUAGAGAGAGCAAAAGAGGGAGAGAGCUUGGAAGAAUUAAGAGCACGAACUGCUGCACAAUUCACAGACGACGUCAGUGGAUUUCAGAGACCAUCGAAGAGGGCUAAAAAGUGAAUCUUAUGGAUGAAGGUACCAUCAAUUUUUUCAUCAUAUAGUAGUUUUCGGGCCAAGUCACAUUAUAUGGAUGCAGCGCAAAAUUUUGACUUUAUAUAAUGGUUCUGUUUGUAUUAUUAACCGGUGCAAUGUCAUGCUAAAAAAAUGCUGGCUCACUGAUAAUUUCUCAACUAUGGAAUGAGUUCAUUAAGACAAUUUAAAAAGGGGGAUAUAACAAGAGAGUUGGAAGGAGAGAUUGUGCGGCACUUUAUUAAGUAGUCCUACAUAUGUAGCAUUUCAUAUUUUACAAAAGAUGUACCAUCAAAUGAGAAACCAGUUACGGUACCUCCA